GGUUUCUGCAGAAGAGUUUUGCCCGAUUUUGUUGACGUUUUAAAAAUAACUGCUAAUGUUGGAUUAUAACUUGCUGUGUAAAUGAAAAUUUUUGGUAUUUGACAUUUUUAAUUAUUGAGCUGAAACUACAGAACACUCAUUCAUAUACUUAAUGGUAAUUUCAUAUUUUAGAACAAUAAAUUAAACGCCAUUGUCGAGUGCACAUCAUUUCGGCAAUUUCGCUCAUUAAAAUCUUGUCAUAAAUGAAUUAAAUGUCAUUUUAUUUUUAGACCUAGUGACUAGUGUCUAGUUAGACUAGUACUAGUAUUAGACAUUCAUUAGAUUUGUUUUAACUUUUAAUUUUAUGUCAUUAUUAGUGACUAGGGCUUAACGUGGGGGAGGGGUACGGGUAUUUUGAGAAAAUAACCAGUGGGUCGAAGUGUUACAAACAAAAUCAAUCCAAUAGUUAACAUAUCAUUUUCUAAUUUCUAUUAUUAGGUACUCCGCCGAAGCUAGGCACACUCCUAGUAAAUUUAUAUCGGAAAUGGGCGUCGGCGCAAUAGAAUCCGAGUUUUUUUAUUUUUUCAUGUGCAUGUAAUUUGAAUAAAUUAGGAGUCCUUUUGGCCCAUAAUUAAGAUCUGAGUCCGCCCAUUAACGUUAGGAGAAGUUUUGAACUACAUUCCCAUUGCAUUAAUGGUAAAUGGUGAUGGAAAAUGCCACUAUUUUAUCAGUCGUCGCCAUCUUGGUUGACACCUCAUGUGAAGUCACAUGAGGUGUCAACCAAGAUGGUGGUUGAAAAGUAGUGCAAAACACUUGUUUUUAAAAAGGAAGGCGAGGGAGAAAGAUGUUUUAAUUUUUCAAAAAUGAAAGGAAAUAAAUAAAUUUAAUAGCAUUUUUUUGAAGAUCUAUCCCUAUGUCUAACCCGAACCCUAAAUCAAGAUCUAUCCCUAUGCCUAACCCGAACCCUAAAUCACUAAAUCUAUCCCUAUGCCUAACCCGAACCCUAAAUUCUAAAUCACUAAAUCUAUCCCUAUGCCUAACCCGAACGCCUACUAAAUCACUAAAUCUAUUCCUAUGCCUAACCCGAACCCUAAAAUCACUAAAUCUAUGCCUAACCCGAACCCUAAAUCGAUCCCUAUGCCUAACCCGAACCCUAAAUCGAUCCCUAAAACUAGCCCUAAAGCCACAAGUAAAACAUGUGGAAUUAACACACUGUUGCAAGAAAACUCAAAAAAUGAAAAAAAUCAAUAAAAAUUGGCGAAAAAUAAUAACAACAUAAAUAAAUAAUGAAAACCCAACUAACAUUUUCAUGAAAUACACUUUUACACACUUUAUUUCAGAUACCACAAAUAAUAUCCAGAUAACGAAUGGAGCACAAGAACCGGCAAGCCCGGCCAAAAUGUAGGCAAUAUGGCGUCACAAAUAAAAUAUGCAAAUUAGCCAACCAAUCAUAAUUUAGAAUUAUAAUUAAUCAACCAAUUAAAAUUUUAAUACAAAACAGGUCAUCAGCGUACUAAUACUAAGACAUAACAAAAUAUUUCUCUAAAAAUAAACAAAGGGAAGUGACUCUACCAAAAAUAUGUCGUGGCAUCUCGAAUGAUGAACAGCUGAAAAUUGUAUGUCAAUAUAAGGCAUCUUCACAUUAAAAAAUUCGGUCUAAAUAUUCAAAGAAGUUCUUUCAUAUUACAAGUAGACCUGCAUAAUUUGUUGAAGUACAUGUGUGCCAAAUUUCAUUGAUAUAGCUCAUGAAACAUUUUCACAAUUCUCCUCGUUGACCUCAUUAUGCAAAAGUCGCACAGGCCAUUUUGGAUUAGUGAUCCCGCCCCCUUUUAAAUGGCGGAAGACGCCGAUACUUAGCUUAGGAAAUAUUCAUUAUUAUCUCUAUAUACAUCAAAAUAUUUGAUAACUUGCGUUUCAGAAUGCAUUUUGAAGACAUUUAAACUAGAACUUUUAAAUUUGAGCUUUAAAAACCCGGUAGAGUCCAUAUUAUUAACGAUCAGAAUUGACCAUGCGCAUAAAGUCAUGGGAAACCAUUCACAACCAUUUGCAUAAUGCUAUGCCAUAGUACUACUGACUACCUCGUUUAAUUCAUAAGAGUUUGCAGUGUGCAAAAACUAUUAACACCAUUGGUCAGGGAAAGCUUUAGUUAAUUAGUCAUGUGCCAAAGUUGAAAGUUCAAAAUAAGUAGAUCCCAAACAACAUUUUAGGCGGUCCUUUCCCUUAUAUAAACUAUAUAGCAUAUACCGGUGUAAUAGACGCUGAAGAUUUGGUAAACAGAAAAGCCAUAUAUUAAUACAUUAUAUUAAAUUUACUGUAUAAAUAGUGCAUAGUUAGAUAAGCUACAAUUUAUCUAUAAUUAUUAACAUUAUUAAACUUAUUUUUUUAAUGCAGCAUUAGUUCUGAAAAUAAAGUUAUCAUUAAAACAAGAGUUAUAUAGCUCGUGACGCGAACAGCAGAAUUGGGUGCCAGAAAAUGGAGAUGCGGUCCAUGUUGAAAAAGGACAAAUUAAUUCGUAAUUUAAAAAUUCAUAACUUUAAAACUACAACAGCUAAAAAUAUGAUUUUUAUGUUAUAAUUCUUUAAAAAAUUAGCUCUAUUCAACGAUGCAUUUGGUUUAUUUUUACAAAAAGUUUUAAUUUUCUAAUAAAAGUACUUACUAUUAUUUUAUUAUAUGCCAACAUUUAAACAAUAGGCAUGGGCGGCCUACAGACAGUCAGCCCUACACCCCACCUGCUGGGCUUUAACCAAUAGGGUAAAUUGGCAUUAUCCAAAAAAAUAAUUAAGAAAUAAUGAAAACCCAACUUGCAAUUUCAUAGAAUAUGCUUUUACACACUUUAUUUCAGGUUUCACCGAAAAUAAUAUCCAGAAAAUGAAUAAAACACCAUGCCAUCAUAAUAUAACGCAUUUUCAAAGAUGUCGGAACACAUACAAAUAUAAUUAGCCAAUUAAUGAAAUUAUAAAAUUAUAAUUAAUCAACCAAUAAAAAUUUAAUUAAAACAUGCCAUCGUCAUAUUAAUGAAAUGUAACAAUUAACAAGAAACAAGGGGAGUGAAUCCAAAACAGCAACUUAAAAAACUCAAAUGACGUCAUGACUACAGGGGCCAUCCAUAAAUGACGUCACGCAAAUUUUGCCGAUUGUUUACCCCCCCAUCGUCACAAAUCGUCACAAAAUAAAAUACCUCCAAAAUCCCCCCCCCCCCCCCCCCCCCCAUAAAAAGUCCCUGUGUCCACUACUGUCCUUUACAAACCCUUAAGAAAUUCGCCUCCCGCGGAUAUCAAAUUACUGCACCCGUGUCAGAAACAUUUCACUAGAUCAGUGGUUCUUAACCAGGGGUAAAAGUACCUCGCCAACCUUGAGGUGUGUAAGACCAAAAAUUUGUAUUCAGUUGCAUAGCUAGGGGGGUGCGGACAGCACCGGUCAACAUCAAAUUGAAAAAUAACGUAAUUACAGAUAAUUUCACCAAAUUUUCAGGAGACAUUCUUAAUGCUGAAUGCUAAUUUGUUAAUUGCGUAUAUUGGUAAUUUUUUCCCCGUUUAUAAAAAUUUAAUCAAAGAAAUAAAACUACGAUAGCUAAAUUAUUUAAUUAUUAUAAAUUUUAUUACAAUAUAAUUUAUACGGUUGGGGAGGGAUGUUUAAAACGGAGUGGGCCUGCAACGCUACAAAAAGGGCUAAGAAUCCCUGCCCUAGAGCAUUUACUUAUUUACUAAGAUAACCCCCACCCUGCGGUCAACCUUUUUUUCCGCUCCAUCCCUCGUCCACAUUUAGCCAUAAAUUCUCACGACUGUCAUUGUAACUACACUCCGAUUCCUUUCCUCCUUGGCAUCCUGUAACUUGAUCAGAGGUCAUUUUUGGGACUGCACAUACCUGUACUCAGGACUCUUUUAUAUUUAUGUGCUGAAAUGACUUUGUACAACAGCAGAUUCUCUCUCUUUCUCCUUCCCAUUUUAGCAGAUUUGUGUUUUAGUAGAUUUAGAUUUCUACAUAUUUUAUAGGAUCUGAGAAGGCCUCUGAAAUCUAUUUUUAGAACGCACACAACAGCGGUACGUCUUUUAAUACCCCUGUUCCUUUUACCCAUUUAUAGCUUGUGAUAGUUAACAGACUUUAAUAUGUUAACAGGAAAUAGGCAUACCGGUUAAUGGAUAUUGAUAAUUAUAAUUUUUUUAAACUGCUUUUCCUAAAAAAUAAGUCUCAAGUUACUUGGUAGGUUUUUUAAAAUGACGCCCUAAUUUGUUAAUUAGUUCAUAUUUUAAUAAAUUUUAUUUUAUGCUGACCUGACAUGUCAUGAAUGGAUCAGAUUUCGAUUGGAUAUUAGUAACUUAUAAAGUUCAGUAGUUGUCUAGUCAAUACUUGAUUUUGUAAAUUGUUCACAAUAUAAUUUGUAUACAUUUUUGUAUGAAAAUCACUCCUGUGACUUUAAAAUAGAAUUUGCAGUGCAUUCAAAUGAAAAAAUUUUGCAAAUGAUCUUUUACCCUAAUUUAAAUAAUUUCAAAAAGAAUAGGAAUCUGUCUACUGAUCAAACAUCUGCGGCAGACUUUCUUUCAUAAUAAAUUUUAAGCAAAUUAUUUUCUACCUUUUAGAUAAUUUAAACUCUUCUUUGAAAGGAAGUGUUUUUUUAAAAAGAAAUCCAGAUGGUGAUUUUAUUGUUCAAAUGCUAUUCACUAAAUCUGUUAGUAUAAACUUAAUGGGGAUUAUUAUUUUAACUCUUUUAACUUAAUUUGCUCACUUGCAAAUUUUACACUACAAAAAUAUCUUUAAAAGAUUCACAUAUUUAUCUGUAUUUUAUUUUAUUCUUUACAAAAUUCAAGUUUUAUACAGAAACCUCCAGUGCAUUGCUGUAAUAACAAGGUGCUCGCUGCCAUGGCUGAUGGAGAGCAGCAUUUUACUAUUUAUGACCCUACGUCAAAUCAGCCAAUGACAGUCACAGUAAAUAAUGUUGUACAUGGUUCUGAGGAAGCCCAGGCUGUUCAGAGCAUUCAAUAUAUAACAGCUGAUGGCGUUCCAAUUAAUACAAGUGAUGUCAUACAGGUAUGUAAAUGUAACCAUCAGUGCAAAUGAGAUGUAUAUACAUAUAUCAAUUGUAAUAAAUCACGUUUAUAGAGAGAAUUCAGUAAAAAUAUUGACAUGAUUUACACUUUCCUUAGGUAGCGCAAGGUGAUGCAAGUUUUCAGCAAGCUGCGGCUGGAUUCCAAACACUGACAAAUGGGGGCCAAGCUCAAGUCAUCACCAAUUCUUCAUUUGCAUCCAACCCUCAGGUUGCCUUUUUAAGUUAUCCAGCUUGAAGUCUUUUACAUACAUUAAUACAUACAUGAGCUAGAGAUAAAAUCAUUAAAAUAGUUAUUUCUUAAACCAAAGAAAUUAUUAAAGUAUUGGUUGAUAAUUGCUAAUUAAAUUAUGAUGUACAGCCGUAAAAGAACAUAUAAUAAUUUAACUGUUUCCCUCAAGUGGUGCUUCUCAGGAAAUAAGUUUUUAUUUAACACACACAUACCCUACCCCAAAGAUAUACUUUUAAAAAUUUUAAUAUUAAUUUUUAAAUGAUGGAGCACUUCUUAAAAUGUUUACAAUUAAUUUUCAGGUCCAAUCAAUUGUUCAAUCCAAUGUUCUCCAGAAUGUUGUUCAUCAAAACCAAGCAGUGCAACCAUCUCAAACUCCAACGAUUGCAAGUUCAUCUUCAAAUCUCAACGCUGUGGCGACUGUUGGCAUUCCUCAAAUGCUUUUUCUAAACCAAGUUUCAAUAAACGGACAGACAUCCUAUGUUCUUGUAGAUGCAAACAAUAAACCAGUUCAGUUACCUCAGGGUAAUGUUACUUUCACAGCUUUUUUUUUUUCUUUUUACAUUUAGGGCUUAAGUUAGUAUAUGAAACUAUUUCAUUCACAAUUAUUAAUUAAGAGUGUAAGACAUUAUUAUUAACGUGUAGUUAAUUGCCACAAGAUGAUUUUUUUAGUUAAUUCCCCAUGUUUAUUUUUCUUUAUGAAUAUUUACUGUACAUCAGGUAUUCAAGUGAUAAAUUUGCCUGCAGCACCUCUAACAGGACAACCUAUACAAAUGGUAAGACAUGUAAGAUCACCGGUAUAUUUAACUCCGGUACCGGGUACUUUAAAAAAAGUGUAACAUUUGGUAAGGUUGUUCUUUGAUGCAUAAACUAAUGAUGCACAACCUUAUUUCACAGGGUCAUAAAGGGUUUAUUAUUUACAUGGGAUCUCUAGGUGACUGUGGUUAGUUGUUUCUACACCAGUACUUUGGAUUUAUUUCUCCUUUUUUUUUUUCCCCCCAUUAGCCAACUACUGAUACUGGUGAUGAGCCACUUUAUGUUAAUGCUAAGCAGUACCACAGAAUCCUAAAGAGACGUCAGGCUAGAGCUAAAUUGGAAUCAGAAGGCAAAAUUCCUAAGGAAAGACAGGUAUUUGAUAUGUGAUUGAAGUCACUUGUUAGUGAUUUGCUUAUUUUACAUAAGAUGAAAAAUAACUUGUGAAACCAAUCAGUUUCCAAAUAAUUUAAGAAUCAAAUAUAUCUCGAAACGUUUGUAUACUUUGGAAAUGUGUUGCAGUUUUUAUUUGUAGAGGAUUGUGAACGUGAUCAGGUUUGAGGUGUCUUAACUAUUUUUCUCUCAAUCUAUUAUUAUUAUCCAUUUUGACAUUGUCUUUUCAGAAAUAUCUUUAUGAAUCUCGUCAUCGGCAUGCAUUGAAUCGAAUGAGAGGGACUGGAGGAAUAUUUGUCAGAGGCCAGGAGACAGACACUAAAGCUAACAUUCAUCAAAUAGGAAAUUAAGUACCUGAGAUCUUAGGUCCUUUAGAAAGAUACUGACUAGAAUGGAUAUAUAAUCACUUUAAAUGUGACAUUAUCAGUGGACUUUGUGAGUCAUGAAGAAUGACCUUUUUAAGAGCCGUUUUUUUACUUUUGCAUUAGUUUUACUAUAGUUUGAUUUAAAUUAAGUAUUGACUAUUGACAUUUAAAAUGUGAACUCUGGUAGUCAUGGUCAUUAUGACUAGGCUAUAAGACCACUCAAUCUGUAAGAUGUAGCUUUGUUGGAAUGAUUACAUGUCUCCAUGCCCCAUGAUUUUGAAAUGAUGCCAAUUUUUUAAUAAGACAUAAAAUGUGACUGGACAGCAAUUAUUCUCAUGAUUUCUGCCUAAUCAUUUGCUUCUUUCUUGUACUUGUUUAAAGUUUACUUUAUUACAUGAUUUUGAUUAUACAAAGGACAUUAUUGUAGAACAAUAGUUUCCUCUGAGGCUUUCCAUCAUCUUGGAACUUAUCUUAACAUAUUAUUUUAAAGAUUUGUCAUUUAUUGGAACCAAAUACUUGUAUUUUAGAAUGUGCACAUAUUUUUUCCACUAUAUCUGCAAAAUUGCUGAAACCAAAUUCUAAACAAAACAAAAUUAUUAUUAUAGCAAAAAGGACUAGAACUAGUAAUUUUAGGUUUUGUAAUUACCUGGAACCAGUAAUUUUCAAGCAAUUUCUCAACAAAAAAUUUUUUUUUCAAUUUUAGUGGGUAAAUGUUAUGUUUUCUUUGUUUGUGGGAUUCUCUGUUGACAUUUUAAAAUAAAAUUCAAUCAACAUGAUUAUGAUCUGCAAGAACAUGAACAUUGGUAUCAAUAAAUUUUAUCUGGGAACUUAAAAACAAGUAUUUUGUACUUACAAAUGUAAAGCUUUUUCUUGCUGGUACCUAUACAAUAAGAAUAGCUUUUAUUACUGUUUAUUAUUCAAGUUAACUGUAAUAAUAAAUAGCCUAUGACCGAAAUGUGUAAUAAAAGUAAUCUUUUGAUGUCAAUCAUUCUUAUGUUGUAUGAUUCCAUGCAUUCAAACAUGAAAAAUAUGUCAAUCCAUAUUUUUAAAAAAUGCAGAGACUUCCUUUUGGAUUGACAUUGUGAUUUAUAUCCUUUAUGAAUGGCUGUCAUUUCAACACACACUGACUGACAAUAUGUUACUAACAUUUAUUUGUAGUAUGAUUUGAUGAUAAUGGUAAUAAGGGGAAGAGAAUGCAAUCAGAUUAGCAAAGAAGGAGAUGAGUAAAACAAAGUAUGUGCAAACCUUUGUUUUACUCAUUUCCUUUUGAUGAUUAUGUACUGGUUGCAUCAUAAGCAACAAUAAUUCAAAACGCUGCAUUUUUACAUAAUUUAUUUUAGUGUGUUUUUGUGCAGUUUUCAGAAUCUCCUUGAUAUUAACAAUAAAACUUUCAUUACCAUG